UAAAGGCGAGAGACGCUCUCUCUCUGUGCUCAUUAUACUCUCGCUGCGCCGCUCACCAUACUCACACACACUCACACACUCACACACACACGGAGAGCUGCUUAACGCCAUGGGACAAUUCACAGCCUGAGGACUAAAUAUUAACAACUCAUAUUUUACACUUUGCUGUUGAGUUUGAAGCACGUGAAGCAAAUCCUCCACAUUAUGUCGGAGAAGAAAUCCAGACCCUCAGACGCACGUCCCAAAAACCUGCGUAGCUGGAGCGUGGACAGCUACAUCCGCAGCGUCAAGAAACGUUCGCGUGGUCCGCGCCAUGACGCCCCAGCAAGAGGGGGAGAGGACGGAGACACAGCGGAUGAGCAAAACGUCCGCUCGACUUCCUGUCCCCAGAGACGGAGGGAAAGGAAAUGCAGCUGCGCGGCAAUCGGAGACGGAGACAUAGACACCAUGUGCAGAAAAGCGCUGUCUCGCCGUUCUCUCAGACAGAAGUUCCAGGAUGCAGUGGGGCAGUGUCUCCCUCUCCGUGGCCACCACCAUCAUCACCACCACCACCAUCACCACCAUCAUCACCAGAGUGGCUCCUCGCGCCCGUUCUCGGUGCUCCUGUGGUCCAAGCGCAAGAUUCACGUGUCCGAGCUCAUGGAGGACAAGUGUCCCUUCUCACCAAAGUCCGAACUGGCGCAGUGUUGGCACCUUAUCAAGAAGCAUGGCACACAUCAGAACGCAUCGUUAGUCCUUGAGGAUCACAAAAGCAGAAGGAUGUCCACAUCUCCUUCCACGUUUAUUUCCUGGGAGGAAGUCAGCUCUAACGGCGCUUCCAGCCUGACUGACUGGGACUCGUCCUUCAUUCCCGGCGCUCCCCAGUGUUGCGCACAUGCCGACUACAUCUUAGUGCCUGACCUUCUUCAGAUCAACAACAGCCCUUGUUACUGGGGCGUCCUAAACCGUUUCGAGGCCGAGCAGCUCCUAGAAGGCCAGCCUGAAGGCACCUUCCUGCUCCGAGACUCUGCCCAGGAUGACUACCUGUUCUCAGUCAGCUUCAGGCGCUACAGCCGCUCUCUGCACGCCCGCAUAGAGCAAAGCGGCAAGCGCUUCAGCUUUGACUGCCGUGACCCCUGCAUGUACAGAGACGUGAGCGUCACAGGUCUGCUGAAGCACUACAGCGAUCCAGCCACGUGCCUGUUCUUUGAGCCGCUCCUGUCUCGCCCCUUGCCCAGGAACUUCCCCUUUUCCCUGCAGCAUCUAUGCAGGGCGUUGAUCUGUAGCUGCACUACAUAUCAGGGCAUCGAGACUUUGCCCCUGCCUCACACACUCAGGGAUUACCUCAGGCAAUACCACUUCAAAUGUGAUGGGGCUUGCGAUGUCUGAUGAACAAACGGACUUGUGUUAGAACCGUAAGGAAUGUGGCUUCCUGAGUGGUGUCAUUUCUUCGCAAAUGAAGAAGGUCACAAAUGCAACAUGGCGACGUUGCAGCCAUCUCUCAGAGUCUGAAAAAGCAUUACCGCUCCUGGUUUUCUGGGUGGGAUGAAGGUCUUCCUUUCUACAAUCAAUUUGGGCUUCUAUUAGCUCAUUUAUACAAGACAGGGUAAUAAUAGUUAACAGAAUUGACAUUACAGCUACCAAAAAAACCCCCAAAAAGCAGCAUAAAAAAAAUGUUCCUGUGAUUUCACUGCAGAAAAAGAGGUACCAAACUCUACUAUUUCUUGUUGUGGUAUCGGCUUUUGUAUCUCUAGCUAUGUUUUACCUGAAAAAUUGAAUAUGGUAUAAUUUUUAGGUACAUAAUUAAACCUCAAGGACCUCUGACGUACUUUAAAUACACACCCCACAGGAACAAAACAUGUAUCUGUAAGGAAAGAUCAGGAAACAACUUGGUAUCUUUAUUUCUGAUAGUGUGUAUGCAGGGUUUGUUUAUUUCCCUGCUACAUUUUCAUUUUCCCCCCCCCUAUUCGUUUAGCAUUUGAAGUUCUUACGGUUUUUAUAGACUGUCGUUAAGUCUCACGGACAAUCACAAAACAUAUUUGCAUAAAUGCAUACUCAACUUUAAUGCUCUUAAUAAGCAUUAAAUCUUUUUUAAAUGGUGUUCCAUAUCAGUUGUAGAUCACUAACAAGACCUCAAACAUCCUUUGUCGAAACAUCGUUUCUGCCAUCAAGCUUAAAAUCACUCAAGGAACUACAAUAUUACAGUGAGCAGAGACAAUCGAACUGAUGGAGCAUUGUUCAGUGGGACAUAAGCAGCAGUUUGACCAGAAGAGAUGGAAACACAUUUGGUCCUGCUGCACCGGUAACUGAUAAUGUGAUGGGAGCUGACGCCGACUAAAUCGGGAGAAACCUCUAGAAAGCCGUCGGAUGAAAAACGUCUUCCUGAUAAAGGUCAUUUUGAAUGAUCGAGUAGAAAAGGCCAGGAAUGAGCACGCAGAGAUCCUGAGUCUUUUGAAACAGAACUUGAAGUGGAUCCUCUCAGGCCAUUGUAUUCGUAUAGCACUUAGGGAACUAUAGAUGUUGUCACAAAGCAGCUUUACAGAAAUCUGGAUGUAGAUUUUGAUCCAUAAUGACUAAACCUGGCAACCAGACUCGAAAGGGAACCAAACACUACAUAUUAUAUUUUAGGACAUGCUUUUGUGAUUUUCAGCAGCAGUUCUGUAUUUUUCAGCUUUGUGUAUUUUAUAUUUAAACUUUCAUGUAGUAAUCAUUUGAAAGACUUUAUGGUUUAACAUUUACUGAAUUUGGCCAACGCCCUUAUCCAGAGCAGCUUACGUCCAUCUAAUUUUAUUUAUUUAUUUGUUUUAUACAACUGAGUAAUUGAGGGUUGCUCAGGGGUCCAGUAGGGACAGCUUGGUGGUCCUGGGAUUCAAGCUCACAACCUUUAAAUCAAUAAUCCAACACUUUAACCACUGAGCUACCACAUUCCCAUGAUUGUAGUUUUAUCAAAUGUAAUUGUCCAGACUAAUACAGGUACCUGGGAAAACCCUUCACACAGUGACAUUUUGAGGGCAUGAAGAGGGCAUGAAGAAUUUAUUAUCGCCACACAUACAUUCCAGCACAGUGGAAUUCUUUUCUUCGCAUAUCCCAGCUGAGAAAGUUGGGGUCAGAGCGCAGGGGCAGCUAUGAUACAGCAUCCCCUGGAGCAGAGAGGGUAAAGGGCCUUGCUCAAUUGCCCAACAGUGGAGCUUGGUGGUGCUGAUCCUCCGAGCAACAACUCAGAGCCUUAACCACUUGAGCCACCUCUGCCCCCACCACAACCCCCGCCACUGCCCCAUUUGAAAUUCAGAAAUAUCAUAAGUAUGGUCUUGUUACACCUCAAAAGAUGAAAAGGGAUACAAUUCAGUCCGACUUCGGUGUUGGACCAUUUCAGAUAUUUAGACAGUUGAUAUCUGAUUACAAAUCGAAUUGAUACGGUCCUCCGCAAUUUUUGGCUCCAUCCCUCAGCUUGAUCUUGUGUAAAAGAAAUCGGAUUUAGACCUUUUCAGACAUUUUGACCUUGAACUUUGGAAGCCAAGGUUAAAAAGUAGUCUAAACGUAAACAUAUUUCCACAUCAUAUUGGAGAAAUCCACUAUGUUUUAUAAAAGGUUUCAAAGCUAGGAGUCUGGGUGCAACAAGGUUUAUUUGGCAGACAAAAUGAAAAUAUAUUAUCCAAGUCGAAAAACUUUACGACAGACCAAAGGUCAAAACAAUCAGCAAGAGUAAACACAGUCAAAGGAUAAUCUAAGGUAUACAAUGACAUGGGGUCAAAACAUAGCGAGGCAGUGAGACAGAACAAAAGCCUCCGAAGAUACACUGUUCGGUAAUGGCAAGAAUUCGAACAGAUUAAAUGUAUAAAUGAACAGAAAGUCUUUGCAAGAGUUUGCGCUAAUAUUUUACUCUAUUAUUAUACCCUCACCUCUUCUGGUGAGGAGGAGAAGAGUCCCAAACUCCAGCUACAGUAUUUUACAGACAGAUAAAAAAAAAAACAGCCACAGUACCAUCUGAAGGGUUUUCCCAGGCUUCCGGUCAUUUAAACAAAAGACUUGCAUGCAGGAAAAGUGUUUAUACUGUACAUAGAUAAGAAACACCAACAACAUAUCAGCUGCGCAUCAAUCGACAAUCAGGAGCCUAUCAAAAAUCAAUAGGCGCCAACAUAUCUGUAUCUUCAGAAUACAAAAAUGUCCAUUUCAAAACUUUUCAGUGUUCAGGUUCAAAACGAAGACAAACUUCAGAAAUAUUUUCACAUGAACGUCUUCAAGACUUUAAGGUUAAUUGCAUCGCAUAUUACUGAACCACUACCGUAUACUCAUGAUUAGAUGUGACAGUCCAUGACUUACGCUUGAGACGUACUUUUUACAUUUCUACUGACUGUGCUAUAUGCAAAUGAGAUCUCAGACAUAAACCUGAGCUUAAUUAUGCAAUGGUUUUGUCUUUCUUUGGAACAGCCAUGCAGGAUUUCUGCAUAGAUUUGUUCAUCUAUUUGUUCAAAUGGCACAAAAUUCCGCGUGGCCGUUUUCUCCAUCUACAGUAUAACCAACAGCCAAUGAUAUUUAAACCCUUUUCCGAAUUACCUGUUGCCUUUUUAGCAGAUUUUGCACUUAUACCCCAUAUGAAAAGAUGUUGUUGUAAACUAUAAUGUCUGAUAUUCUAUGUAUACUGUGUAUAUGAGCUGAACUCUCUGGCUGACCUUCCUAAUGAGACAGAACAGCCAUGAUAAUGUUUUUUUUUAACAUCGUAUGUACAUAACGGUCAGAAAGAAAUGGUGUUGGGGGGGGGGGUUAAAAACAAUUGGACAUCUCAGUUUUAUCAUAUCAUAGCCUACAAUGUCAUCACCCUUUAAAGCACAUUUAAGUGGAUCAUAUUGUUAACCAGUUCCUCCAUCAUGUGUACUAGCUCACAAUUUUCAAUAAAUUCUGCCUAUAAA